AUGACUGACGAUACAUUUCCUUCUGGAUAUGAUGUGUCUCAUUCAGUUAUGCCUAUGUAUUCGAACGCGAUACGUCUUACAUUACCUCUUGAAUGUGUUGUUGGGGUGAACGCGAUACGUCUUACAUUACCUCUUGAAUGUGUUGUUGGAGUGAACGCGAUACGUCUUACAUUACCUCCUGAAUGUGUUGUUGGAGUGAACGCGAUACGUCUUACAUUACCUCCUGAAUGUGUUGUUGGAGUGAACGCGAUACGUCUUACAUUACCUCCUGAAUGUGUUGUUGGAGUGAACGCGAUACGUCUUACAUUACCUCCUGAAUGUGUUGUUGGAGUGAACGCGAUACGUCUUACAUUACCUCCUGAAUGUGUUGUUGGAGUGAACGCGAUACGUCUUACAUUACCUCCUGAAUGUGUUGUUGGAGUGAACGCGAUACGUCUUACAUUACCUCCUGAAUGUGUUGUUGGAGUGAACGCGAUACGUCUUACAUUACCUCCUGAAUGUGUUGUUGGAGUGAACGCGAUACGUCUUACAUUACCUCCUGAAUGUGUUGUUGGAGUGAACGCGAUACGUCUUACAUUACCUCCUGAAUGUGUUGUUGGAGUGAACGCGAUACGUCUUACAUUACCUCCUGAAUGUGUUGUUGGAGUGAACGCGAUACGUCUUACAUUACCUCCUGAAUGUGUUGUUGGAGUGAACGCGAUACGUCUUACAUUACCUCCUGAAUGUGUUGUUGGAGUGAACGCGAUACGUCUUACAUUACCUCCUGAAUGUGUUGUUGGAGUGAACGCGAUACGUCUUACAUUACCUCCUGAAUGUGUUGUUGGAGUGAACGCGAUACGUCUUACAUUACCUCCUGAAUGUGUUGUUGGAGUGAACGCGAUACGUCUUACAUUACCUCCUGAAUGUGUUGUUGGAGUGAACGCGAUACGUCUUACAUUACCUCCUGAAUGUGUUGUUGGAGUGAACGCGAUACGUCUUACAUUACCUCCUGAAUGUGUUGUUGGAGUGAACGCGAUACGUCUUACAUUACCUCCUGAAUGUGUUGUUGGAGUGAACGCGAUACGUCUUACAUUACCUCCUGAAUGUGUUGUUGGAGUGAACGCGAUACGUCUUACAUUACCUCCUGAAUGUGUUGUUGGAGUGAACGCGAUACGUCUUACAUUACCUCCUGAAUGUGUUGUUGGAGUGAACGCGAUACGUCUUACAUUACCUCCUGAAUGUGUUGUUGGAGUGAACGCGAUACGUCUUACAUUACCUCCUGAAUGUGUUGUUGGAGUGAACGCGAUACGUCUUACAUUACCUCCUGAAUGUGUUGUUGGAGUGAACGCGAUACGUCUUACAUUACCUCCUGAAUGUGUUGUUGGAGUGAACGCGAUACGUCUUACAUUACCUCCUGAAUGUGUUGUUGGAGUGAACGCGAUACGUCUUACAUUACCUCCUGAAUGUGUUGUUGGAGUGAACGCGAUACGUCUUACAUUACCUCCUGAAUGUGUUGUUGGAGUGAACGCGAUACGUCUUACAUUACCUCCUGAAUGUGUUGUUGGAGUGAACGCGAUACGUCUUACAUUACCUCCUGAAUGUGUUGUUGGAGUGAACGCGAUACGUCUUACAUUACCUCCUGAAUGUGUUGUUGGAGUGAACGCGAUACGUCUUACAUUACCUCCUGAAUGUGUUGUUGGAGUGAACGCGAUACGUCUUACAUUACCUCCUGAAUGUGUUGUUGGAGUGAACGCGAUACGUCUUACAUUACCUCCUGAAUGUGUUGUUGGAGUGAACGCGAUACGUCUUACAUUACCUCCUGAAUGUGUUGUUGGAGUGAACGCGAUACGUCUUACAUUACCUCCUGAAUGUGUUGUUGGAGUGAACGCGAUACGUCUUACAUUACCUCCUGAAUGUGUUGUUGGAGUGAACGCGAUACGUCUUACAUUACCUCCUGAAUGUGUUGUUGGAGUGAACGCGAUACGUCUUACAUUACCUCCUGAAUGUGUUGUUGGAGUGAACGCGAUACGUCUUACAUUACCUCCUGAAUGUGUUGUUGGAGUGAACGCGAUACGUCUUACAUUACCUCUUGAAUGUGUUGUUGGAGUUACCUCUGUAAUGUAA